GGCUGCAGCGGAGCGCGCGUGGCCAGCUCUGCAGAAGGAGGCGGCUGGCUGGCCCGGACGGUCACAUCCCGCUGCAGGGGACCAGCCUCGGCCGCCGCACUGUCCUCUGCACCGGGGACACAGGCCAGCUGCCAGGCCUAGCCGGCAACGCCCUCUGCUCCGAGACAGACUAUGCGUGGCCCUCGGGAACGCUGGGGGCCCCGCAGACUUGCGGCCCGCGGCCACUCCGCCUCUGCCCUCUCUGCCCGCAGCUCGGCCGGCGCUGCCCGCCUAGGCGGUCCCGCGUCGGGAUGGGGUAGGGCCAGCGCCAGUCCGGCGAUGGGCCGCCCCCUGGGCACCGAACAACCCCCCGAGGCCUGACCGACCACGAGGACCCGGCAGGAUCCCCCCCCCCCCCGGAUGUUAAGCGGAUGCCUCCGGGCCCCUCGGCUAACUCGGUGGAAACCAUGGCUUCUUUGAUGCCUCUUUCCCCAUAUCUGAGUCCCAAGGUCCUCCUGCUGGUCAGCUGUGACCUGGGCUUUGUGCAAGCAGACCGACCUCCCUCUCCUGUGAAUGUGACGGUCACUCAUCUCAGAGCCAACUCGGCCACUGUGUCCUGGGACGUCCCAGAAGGCAGCAUCGUCAUUGGCUACUCCAUUUCCCAGCAAAAUCCUGAGUUAAGCCUCAUGCGUGUAAUCAGGGAGGUGAACACCACCACUAGGGCCUGUGCUCUUUGGGCCCUGGCUGAAGACAGUGACUACACCGUGCAGAUCAGGACCGGGGAAGUGGUCAUCAUUGUGGUGGUGUUGCUCAUGUGGGCUGCUGUGAUCGGGCUAUUCUGCGGUCAGUAUGACAUCAUCAAGGACAACGACUCCAACAACAACCCCAAGGAGAAGGGGAAGGGUCCUGAACAGAGUCCUCAGGGAAGGCCAGUGGGGACAAGACAGAAAAAGUCUCCUUCUAUCAACACCAUCGACGUUUGAGUGAACUGAGUGACUGAAGAACCAGAACCAGAAGAGAGAUGCACUGAUAAUGGGGGGUGGGGUCAGGGAGGCCUAAGUUGGUGAUCUCUCUGAGACUCCCACAAGGCUGUGCACUCCCAGAAUCCCAGGCUGGUACCCAUCCUCUUUCCACUGUGAGCAGGGCCAGAAGGUAGGUCUGUUAGAAUCUGUACUCCUGGACCUGGUAGUGGAUAUCAAAUGGAACAUCUCCUAUCUCCCAGGUCCAGGUGAGUCAUUUAUUCGACCCUAUCCCACUAGGUCCCAAAUGGGGCCCCAUCUCACCUGCAUCAGGACCGUUGGCAUCCACUAGCUGCCCCUACAGCUUGCCUCUGGGCCUCAGAGAGGGCUGUUUCUGUCUGUAUUGCCCUCUUCCACGGAGGAAGAGGAAGCAAGCAUCUGGGACUCGAGGCAGAUGCCACACUGCACUACUCCAAUGUCUUCCACGGAGCCUCAGGUGCUCCCCUCUCACCUGGCAGCCCCUCCCGCUGCUGGUGAUCUCACCCCUGGGACAUUUUUCCAAUAAAGGUUCUUGGACAAACCGGAACUGACUGUAUGGUAUGCUGAAGGCAUCUCUACACCUUCUCAGUUCUCCAAGGGCCCCUCACACCACCACCAACUUAAAGGAACAGACCCAUUAUAGGAUGUUUGUGUCCGUGUUUUCGUCUAAGACGGGUGAAGAAAAGACAAGGAAAAGGUGCAGAAUCUAGAAGCCUCCUUUCUUUGGCUUUGUUGAAUUGUGGGGGAGGUGUGCAAUGAGAAGACACAGAAGUUUUUGCACCAAUGGAAACCAGGCCAUGUCACCAUAAAAGGGCCAGUAGAUUUUCUUUCUUUUAUCUUUGUCCAGGACCUUGUGCAUACCAGGCAAAUGCUCUACCACUGGGUUACAUAACCGACCCCCUCCCCAUUCUUUCAACUCCACCAUUCCCUCUGGGAAAAUGGUCAGAAGGACUGAGCAGGGUCAUGGGGGGGCUAGCCAAAGAGCAGCUAUCACGGAUGUGUCUCUUGGUGCCAUGUAUCCUCACCCUGUGCACACCAGUCCCUCCUCUCCGUUUUCUCUUUCAUCUAUGUCUCUGUUUGUUUAACGUUAAUAAUUGUAAUCCACAAAGGCAUUUAUAUUUAUACUCUGUACCAUAUCCAGAGCAUUCUAGAAAUAAAACAAAGGGGUUUGGGUGCCCCUAUAGAAAAAAAUUAUAAUCUGGGUUCUGGGACCUAUUUGUGUUAUCUGUGAAAAAUAGGAACUGCCCUCUACUCGUUCUUAAUUUUUCAAGAGGGAGGUAGUGGUGGGGAGAGAAAUAUUCGUUGCCAUUGGCAACCG